AUGUCAACUCUCGAUGAGAAGAAUGGAAUGUCAGGACAGUCAUAUUCUGUCCCUCGCGAGUCAGAGAAAUUGUUUCGAGAAGGCGUGCUAAGGAAUCCGUUGAUUGCUAAGAGUUUACCGGCCGGCAUUGAGAAGUUCGCUGACAAGGUGAAGUAUGUUGGGUCUGAAAAACCGAGUAUACCGAUCAACUGGAGGUUCGCGGAGAGUACAUCAGCUCUGAAAGGACUCGAAGCCACGGUUCUGAAUGCCUUGCUGGUAAAGAAAUAUGGCAUCGAGCCACAAGAGGUGGUAAUCAACACCGACCACGCCCAACUAUUCAUCAUGUCAACCCUCAUCUGGACCAUCGACCCCACCGGCGAAAAGAUCCCUGGCAUGAGCCCCAAAUCAGAAAAAUACUUCCCCAGCUUCGACAUCCACCGCCAAGCCAGCACCCACCACCGGAAUUCCGCUACCAACAUAUACAAAACGAAAGAUGGCCGCUAUUUCCACCUCCACGGCUCCAUGAACCCCGACCCCUCGCUCAACAGCAUCGGACUCCCCCUCGAACUAGACGCUUCUUCCGUGGAGGAAUCGUGGAAACCAUUCACGGAGAAGAUAGGACAGAUUAACUCGCAAGAAAUGCAGAGACUUGCCUCCGAUGUGUACAAACAAGCUGGAACCAUCUGCUGGACGAAAGAAGAGUAUCUGAAUUCCGAGCACGGGAAAGCAAAUGCCCACGUGGGACUUUACGAAAUUCAUUCCCACCCUAACCCAGCCCAAAGGUCUGGAUGGUGGACAGAUGCCCCUCUCACAGGCAUCAAGAGACCGCUCGCUGGCCUGAAAGUCCUGGACAUCACCCGCGUCAUCGCAGCACCGGCCAUCGGAAGAGGAUUAGCGGAGAUUGGCGCGAGCGUGAUGCGGGUUACGGCUCCGCAUCUGGUAGAUUACUCUUCUUUGCACUGCGAUCUGAAUUGGGGGAAAUGGAACACAUUUCUUGAUUUCCGCAAAGAAGAAGAUAGGGAGAAAAUGAGGAAAUUUGUGCUAGAAGCAGAUGUUGUGAUUUCGGGGUAUAGACCUGGGGUUUUGGAUAAGUGGGGGUUUGGGCUGGAGGGGAUAUUGAAGAUUUGUGAGGGGAGGGGGAGAGGGGUUGUUUAUGCGAGGGAGAAUUGCUAUGGGUGGAAUGGGCCGUGGAGGGAUCGGAGUGGGUGGCAGCAGAUCAGUGAUGCGAACUGCGGAGUUUCGAUGGAAUUCGGAAGAGCGAUGGGUAACGAUGAAGCCGUAACUCCCGUCUUUCCGAACUCGGAUUACUGCACCAGCAUCGGGGGCGUAACCGGCAUCCUGACUGCUCUCAUGCGACAAGCCGAAGAUGGAGGUUCGUAUACCAUUGACGUUGCUCUGAAUUACUAUUCUCAAUGGCUUAUCAACUCCUGCGGCACAUAUCCCGAGGAAAUCUGGCAAGACGUCUGGAAUCGAAACGGCCGUCAAGUCUUCCGACAUUAUCACAAUAUGACUUACACCCUACCUCGAUACAUGAAGAUGCUUUUAGAGAACAGCUCAACCACCGUUCUGAACCCUGAAUGGUUCCACACAAUCGAGUCGAAAGCCGCAGGAGCUAAGAUCCGCUGCGUGAAACCGAUUCUGCAAUUCCCUGGCAACAAGGUACAGCUAGGAUUCAACGUCGGGACGAGAACAAACGGUGUCGAUCAACCGAGAUGGCCGCAUGAUCUCAUGGUAGAAAUAGUGACAAAAGAUAAUUAA